AUUGGACACAACAUAAGGACACUUGCUGCAACUACAACGGAGUCCUGUACAGAAAUAGACUUUACAUUGAACACUUCAGAUUAUUUCUCUCGCUGCUGUCAUCGUAGUAUGUCUGCACUUCGAAAGAAAUUUGGGGACGAUUAUCAGGUAGUGACCACCUCAUCCAGCGGGUCUGGAUUCAACCAGCCGGCACCAGAGAAGAAGAAGAAGAGGCAACGCUUUGUGGACAAGAACGGGCGAUGUAACGUCCAGCAUGGAAACUUGGGUGGUGAAACCAGUAGAUACCUUUCCGAUUUAUUCACCACACUGGUCGAUUUGAAAUGGCGCUGGAAUUUAUUCAUCUUCAUCCUAACAUACACGGUGGCAUGGCUCUUCAUGGCCUUCAUGUGGUGGAUCAUAGCUUACAUAAGAGGAGACCUCCAUCGAGCCCACGAUGACAAGUAUACGCCAUGCGUUGCCAAUGUCUACAACUUUCCCUCAGCGUUUUUAUUCUUCAUAGAAACGGAAGCCACAAUAGGAUAUGGCUAUAGGUAUAUCACGGACAAAUGUCCUGAGGGGAUCAUUCUCUUUCUUUUCCAGUCAAUCCUGGGAUCAAUCGUUGAUGCUUUUUUGAUUGGCUGCAUGUUCAUUAAGAUGUCCCAGCCCAAAAAAAGGGCAGAGACUUUGAUGUUCAGUGAACAUGCAGCUAUUUCGAUGCGAGAUGGAAAACUAACUCUCAUGUUCAGAGUCGGCAACCUGCGUAAUAGCCAUAUGGUCUCCGCACAGAUCCGCUGCAAAUUGCUGAAAGUAAGUGGCACUUCUAUGCCUCCAUAUAGCUCAACAAUAUUUGUGUAUUAAAACUUUACUAUUUACUUAUUUCAGACGAUGUAAGUUAUUCGUUGUCUUAUUGUUUAAUUACGUACAAUUAAAUAUUAAACACGGUUGGAAAAGAUAAUGAAAUACAUCGUUAUUAGAAUUAGGGUAUUAUUAUAAAGUGUAUUAUUCCCUGCUGAUAUAAUAAUACCAGUAGGCGUUUGCUCUUAUGUUUUUAGAGCCAUUUGUAAUAAAAUAUAGAAUAAUGGAUUUCUAGAGCAUAAGAUACAUGUAUGAACAAAAACAUUUGCAAAUAGGCUUACCAAUGUGAAUUAAAAACAUACAGCUAUUAAUUCCAGGCAAAUUUAGUGGCAAUGCUAUAAUAAUGUUUCAAUUUUUAUGAAUCUAAACAGUUUGAUUAAUAAACCCACAGGCCCAUUUGAAGAGAGUUAUAGUGGUGGUCACUGGGUUAUCACCAUCUUAAGACGUGCCUUUCAUGUGACUUGAUGUGCCUGAUUAGCUAUAGCCGUCCACAUUCGAUUUACUAACUCUGUCUAUUUACUGAUGAUUGAUCGCUUUGAUUGCUCACAAAAUGUGGAUAGCUGUCAGUAUGGCUCACUGGGUUGCAGUAGUUAAACUGUGUCUCUCUUUCUCUCUCUGUCUCUCUUUCAAACUCCAUCUAUGUACGCUUUCAUAGUCUCGUCAGACGCCCGAAGGCGAGUUUCUUCCGCUGGAUCAGUUGGAAUUGGAUGUGGGCUUCAGUACCGGGGCGGACCAGCUCUUCCUCGUCUCACCACUCACGAUCUGCCAUGUGAUUGACACCAAAAGCCCAUUCUACGAACUCUCCCAGAGAUCCAUGCAAACAGAUCAGUUUGAAAUUGUGGUCAUAUUGGAAGGAAUAGUGGAAACCACUGGUAAGUUAUCACAAAUACCUUAUUUUUCUUUCUUGUAGUAUUAGUAAAGACCAUAGGUCUAGGCCUAUUGCAUGUCUAUGCCCUGGUA